AAUUGUAUUCCGGAGAUGAUGUUGAGUAUCACCCGAGAAACGAACACGACCAAGCUAAUAUACGCCGAUCAAGCCCAAUUCAUAACUUGCCAACUACAAGUCUUUCAACUCCUAGAAUGCAAACGAGAGCUUCUACGCGAGCCUCUUCAACUAAUUUAACGCCAGGAUUGUCUAAUAUUGCAAUUGCUACUCCGAAAGGAGAACGAGUUUUUCUUCCUAUUUCACAACGUUGCCGGGCAAAGCAUAAAGGGAUUGGCUGUGCCUCCUUUAAGUCAGGUCAUCUCCCAGAAUAUUACAAUUCUGGUCAGUUCGGAGAUAAAACUUGUGUGCAUUGUGAUAAUAGACUUCUUCGGUCGGAAAAAUGUUUAUCUUGUACGGAUGGUCGAGUUCGACUUGAUCCGCUUAAAGCAUAUCCACAUGACUAUGCAAGACUUGUAACUGGUGAAUCAAUGGACUCUAAAGAAUACAUCAGAGACCAAUCGAAAUAUAACACUUUGUUUGCUUUCGGGUCACUUUCAGUAGGUCGACAAAAUGCACCAACUGGUGGACCAAUGCCUGUCUUACUGAAUGGUGAAUUCGCUAGACGGAUUGGGAGUUUGACCGCAGCCGAUCACCAGAUUCCAUCUUUUGAUCAGUUAAUCCUCAUUUGUUCCACGUUCUUGAUGAAUUAA